AGAGCCACAAUGGAGGGUCAUAGAGCCACAAUGGAGUAUUAACACAAAUUCUACUCAAAGUGGUGAAUUGUGCAGCUUUAUUAUAAAGAAUAUGACACAUUUAGCAUAAAUGCACAGAAAUAAUACAGAAUCCUGCAGUGAGUUCCUCAAUCAAAGAAGCCAUCAAAUGCUGCACAAAGAUCAAUUUUUAAUUUUUUUCCAUUCUGUCAUCUUACAUGUCUUUGUUUUUCUUGCGUUAAACUGUCGGCGUUCCCUCUCCCGGCUUUUGUUGAUCGAUUUAAGUAAAGUUAACACCAAUGGGAGCGCCUUAUUAAUAAUGGAGAGCAUGUCUGUAUGUAUAGGCGUUGUGUCUGUGUCGGCUUACACAUGAAAGAGGAAUUUAACACAUUUACACCCAAGGCGCACUUAAAUCAACUGCAAGAGAGCAGAGAGCAGAAUGAAAAGAUACCAGCUUCAAAAAUGACAAUUGAAGGAAAAAAAACCUUUGAAGGAUUCAGGGAAGUCCUUUUAUUGUGAAAUAAAUGUGGUCAUUUGUGUUCAGCUGGAGACUAAUUUAUUUAUCAAGAAAAAUGAUCUUUUGCUAUAACUCUAUCAUAAUAUUCACAGCCCUCUGUGGCUGAUAUUGAUCGGUGUGUUUGCUGACGACCAUUAGAGGCGAUGAUGAGACCUGUGGACGUCUCCAUCGUCGGGUGACUUUAGUCAAAGGAUUUCUUUUCAGCCUCCUGGCCUCUGUAAAUGCUAAAGGUGAUGCUGAGGUGAAGGCUGGCGGUGAGAAGACACCUCCACUGCUUCUGUCUUUCAUGGCAGACAGGUGAAGCCGUCCCCCCUCAUAUCGGCUGCCUGAUCACGCGCCUCAGAGUCCAGUCAGUUCUAAUCACUCUGUGCUUCAGCCACCAUCACUGUUACUGAGGGUAAAAAAAAGCAGGGAGAAGCAGAGCUGAGGGGAAUACAAACCAGCCUGCUGGAAGUUCACGACGAUCGCCAGGGAUCCAGUCAGUCGAGGUGAACGGGAGGGGGCGGAGUUUAGGUUUGGCUUGACAUAAGGAGAAUGUUGACAGCACUUUUAGAGAAGGAUCCAGAACCUACUCUGCUCUGAGAUGUCCUGUUUUUGUCAAGUCUGUCCUGCAGCAGCUGGACUCCUUUAAAGCAUGUUUGGGCUGCAGGAAGCUUUUUGUUGAUCGUUUUACAAAAUAAAUGUGGAAACAUGGAGGAGUUGUUGUCUCUGUGACGGCAGGAGGGGUUCACGAGUUCAGCCUCUCUGCUUGCGUUGCACACGAUCGUCUGAUAACUGAGCAGGACAGAAACAAAGAGGCCUUCAGGCUUUUUUAGCCCCAUGAUGGAGAUUCAGUUCCAUGCGGCAACACUGACAUCUGCUGGUGGAAUGAGGAACUGCAACACGAUUUGUGUCAGAUGGAGUGUGAAGAGGAGGAAGAGGAAGAAGGAGCUGCAGCCAUGCUGUGGUCCAUCCAGGAGGCUGUGGAGAAGCAGACAUUGCAGAUCGGGGCCUCCGUCUGUGGGGCCACGGCUGUGGUGGACGUCCUGAGGGCCCUCGGUCUGGACGUGGCUCCGGAGGAGGCUGACCGCUGCGUUCAAACCCGUCUGAGGAGGAACGAGGCGCCGCUGCCCGACUACCUGCUGUCUCGCAGCGAAGCUGGAGCGACGCACGAGCAGCUGAUCACGGGCGCGCAGCAGGCCAGCGGCGGCAGGGUGAGGGGCAGAUUCUUCCACUUCCAUCCUCCCAGGAAGGUCAGGCUGGUCCCCUGGCUCGCACGCUGGAUCCGCAGAGGCGCCGUCCCCGUGGCAACCAUGAACAUGCAGGUGGGCGUUCCUGAGGGCGAGGAGGUCCCCGACGCCUGGCACCACCAGCUCAUAUUCGGAGUUGCUCCAAACGCUGUUUUCAUGACGAAUCCCCUGGAUGUGGUGAGUGAGGAGGAGCUGCAGCAGAGGCUCUGCAGCGAGUCGGUCCUCCUGAUCCGCCGUGAAGACGUCCUGCAGAGAUUCACCCCCGACUGCUGCCUGUCCGGCCUCUCCCAUCACCCGUCAGACCAGCGCUGGCGACACCUGGAUGUGGAAGGUCAGGUGAGGAAGAUGAUCCAGGAGGACGAGGAACCAAAGCAGAGCCACAUCCGCAUCCCUGCAGCCUACAGCUCCGGGGUGACGCUCUUCGUCCUCCACGAGUCACAACUGGCCCAGGAGCUCCUCGCCGCCGCAGAGCUGCCGUUGCUCUAAAGCAGGAACUGUGAUAGGUUCUCCAACAAGCCCGUAGAACCAGAACAUGUGUGGUUGGAUCUGUGUCUUUUGGUUCUACGUCAUUUUUCAGGUUAAACAAAUAAAAUAAUCUUUCGGUGAUUCGGGUUCACUCUCAACAUAUGAAAUCACUUUAUUGUGAUGUGACAAGUUAUCUAUUUAUUAUGUGAUUAAAUUAAAUUAACUGAGUUAUUUCAUACUGUAAGAACGACUCAAUUAAGGAGAAACCCUUAUCAAUAUAGGGAUAUGAUUUAAAUGAAUAGAAACUGUGUUUGUCUAUAAUUUAUAAAUCUAUUUUAAUAAAAUUUUAAACGUGG